AUGGCGCAGGCGGCGGCGACCGUGGCAGCGUCGCCGCCCGUGGGCGCCCUGCCGCCGCCGCCCACCCUCAUCGACUGCAUCCUACGCGACCACUCCAACACCCUCACCCUCUUUUCUUACUUCUUCAAGGCGACGAGCCUGGGGGAUGCCGCCGUUCAGGACAUGACUGCGUCGGCGUUGGCUCUGGACCUCAGGCUGCACUCCCACGCGGAGACUGUGGUGCUCUACCCCAUCCUCCAGUCCCGCCUGGGGCCCAGCGGCGCGCAGUGGGCCACCCGCGCGCUGGCGGAGCACUCGAUGAUUGAGCAGUCGAUCGCCGACGUGCUGGCGCUGCGCUCUGUGGGCGGCCAGGCACUGGAGAACCGCAUGAAGCAGAUGCAGACUGAGAUCAUCGCACACCUGGCUGAGGAGGAGAGCCAGAUCCUGCCGACCGUGGCGGCGGCGCUGUCCCAGGUCUGCUGGGCCUGCGCAGCGGCGCAACGAGGCAAGCCUUGGCAUGCCUGGCAGGGGGGGCCGUGA